CUUGGAUUUCAUCUUGUCUACGAUACUGGGACUACUUCCAUCGGAAGUUUUUCUCCUCGAGGAUUUCAUAGUUUUCUGUCUGCCAGCAGAGAACAAAAACAAGAGAGUUGGCUUCCUCGAAUUCGGCCAAGUGGAAUAUUGUUUCCGAAAGGAAAUGAUCAAACUACUGCAUCGAACGUGGCCACGAUGCCAACAGACAACGACAGUUCUGACAAAGAGAACGAAGACGAACCGGAUCCCGAUGUAUGCAUGGGUGGCAGACUCACCAGAGUCCAGGGGUUGUAGCUUUUUCACGACCAUGAUGAAAAAGAGGGCAACGAAAAUCAAAACGAAGAAGACAGGUGUCAAAAGCAAGACCACUGGCAGAGGGACGACAUUCCCAAUCCCGGGAAGAACCACGCGAGAUCGAAGAGGACAGAAGUGGUGGUCGAUGUUUAACAACUCAACUAUAAUCCAGAGAUACCUAUCACGGUCGUGGACCGUUCCCCACCCCAGGGCUGUGGCGUCCAUGCUAGUCUGGGUGGUGUCGAAACCGAACAAUAUUCGCGUACUGCACGCACCGCGCCGCAAUUCACUAACAACAUCGAGUACCUACCUGUAGACAUCGGACUACACUGUUGCCCCCGGCCGCGAUUCCGAACAAUCGGCAAGAACCUCGACGACCUCACAUUUCCUACCUUCUCCUGAGACACAUUGUCACUUACUAGCUUAGCUAGAAAGAAAAUCAUCCAAAAGUUCA